CCUAUAAAACUUUAACUAUUAAGACAGGAACUAGAACAUCAAAAUCACAUUGAGACAGCAAGCCUCAAGGAAAUAAGGAAUAAUAUUUCUAUCUAAAUGGUGAACCGCAUCUCAAACUAUGUUCCUCUCUUCAUCAUUUUGAUUGUUUUGGUAACAGGGCAAAAACAAGUGGAAGGAUAUAAAUGUUUGACAGAUAUGGGUUUAUGUGAUGAACGUAUCACCUCGAGUGAGUGUGAUCUUAGAUGUAAAUCCCACUAUAAUGAUGGAGAGGGGCACUGUGAUAACAUGAACAUCUGUAAUUGUAUUCACCAUUGUGUCUCUCCUCAGCCAAAUAAAGACACCGAGCCUAUAAGGAAGUGCACAAGUGGCCUUGGACUUUGCAGUAUUGAUCACUGCUAUGAUGAUUGUUGCAAUUCAAAAUGUGCUAAACAAUUCAAAGAGGGUAUAGGACAUUGUGAAAUUGUGGGUUCGAUGGGUACCAUCUUAUGUACCUGUGAUUAUGUCUGCUGAGUUUAUAAAAAAUUAUGGCAUAUUUUAUAUCUACAGGUUGAGUAUCGAUCUAUUUACUAUUUACCUCUGGGAUAAAUAUGUCAUGAACUGAAAACAAAAUAAAUAAAUGCACAAUUUCUUCUGGA